AUGGCAUCAAGAAGCCGGGACGACUACACAGCCGCAUGCAUAUGCGCGCUGCCGCUGGAGCUGGCGGCGGCCUGCGCAAUGCUAGACGAGCGCCAUGACCCAUUACCCCUCGAGCCAAACUCUCGCGACAACAACAACUACGUGCUCGGCCGCGUGAAAGACCACAAUGUCGUCGUCGCCUGCUUGCCAUACGGUGUGACCGGAACCGUCUCCGCGGCAAGGCUGGUCAACCAGAUGCUGUCGACAUUCCGGUACAUCAAGUUUGGCCUCAUGAUUGGGAUUGGCGGAGGGGCACCUAGUAGCGCAAAUGACAUUCGACUCGGUGACAUCGUCGUCGGAAGUCCGCGGGGACUGCACGGCGGAGUCAUCCAGUAUGACUUUGGCAAGACGCUGCAGCAUGGCCGGUUCGAGCGCACGGGGAUGCUGAAUAAACCGCCAGAGGUGCUGUUGACGGCCUUGAGUAAUAUCCAGGCACGGCACUAUAUGGAGGGCCAUAAGAUUGAGACCACUAUCCGAGAGAUGGUUGCCAAGUAUCCGCUCAUGGGCUUUCAAUAUGCACGGCCUGCGGAGGAGACUGACCGGUUGUACCGGUCAGACUACGAACAUCCAGAAAGCCAAGCAACAUGUUCGUCUUGUGGUUCUGAGCAGGCAGUGCUUCGCCCAUUGCGGGAUUCGAAAGUAAUGCAACCGUAUAUUCACUACGGUCUCAUCGCUUCCGGGGACCAAGUCGUCAAAAACGGGGGAAUGAGGGACAAGCUGCGCAGGGAGCUCGACGUGCUAUGCUUUGAGAUGGAAGCAGCAGGGCUGGUUGACAGUUUUCCGUGCUUGGUGAUCAGAGGGAUCAGCGACUAUGCGGACUCUCACAAGAAUGAUCUCUGGCAAGGGUAUGCCGCAGCGACUGCCGCUGCAUAUGCGAAGGAGUUGAUGCAGGUCAUGCCCGCAGAGAGAAGUGCCCACUCCAUUUUUGGUAAAGGGGUAGAUUCAACAACAGGUGCGGUCGAUGUUCGCUUCCGCGUGCAAGAAUGGCUGUCGCCUGCCAGUUUCACAGAUGACCUAUACAAUCACGAGAAGGAGUGCAUGGACGGAAGCUGCGACUGGUCGCUGGCAAAAUACCAAGUCCAGACCUUCCUGACCUCAAGAGCUUCAAAUAUCCUGAGAAUAGGCGGCGCUCCAGGGAGUGGGAAAUCCACCCUCACUGCGUUCCUCAUCCGCAAUAUCAUCGGCUCUUCCACUGGCCCUGUCAUAUACUUCUUCUGCAAGGAUACGGGAGAAGGGAGAAGUGAGCCGUUCCAGGCAUUGCGCACUCUUCUUUCCCAGCUUCUCGUUCUUGUUGACGGAGAUCAUCUAUACGGUUCGAUGGAUAAACUGAGGGUUCAAAGCGGCCAGAAACACGCGAAAUCGGUGGCAACUCUCCUCGGGGCUUUCCAACAUGCUCUGACCUUUCUGCCCGACGCUGGCCUCCCGUUCUGGGUCGUGAUAGAUGGCCUUGACGAGUGCAACAAUGGCUGUCUCCUAGCAGCGGCCUUGGCCGAUAGUCUGAACGCAACCAGACGUCCAUUCAAACUUUUAUUUGCCAGUCGCGAAGAGCCAGACAUCUUGGACGUUUUUCGUCGGCUGGACGAACAAGUUGCUACGUUGAAACACGCUGAAGUGCUCGAGCUGAGUAUCCUCCCGUCCUACGUGAGACGUCCCGUUACAGCAUAUGUCAAGCAAAGGAUAUCUCAGAUUCGGCACAUAAAGACUACGGCGCUGGGUCCAGAAGUGAUAGUCGAGGUUGCAGCUGCAGCGGAUGGCUCCUGGCUAUAUGCCCGACUCAUGAUCGACGAGAUACAACGCUUACCAAGUGCGGCGUCCGUUGUUCGUCAUCUACGCGCUAUCCCUGGCGGGCUGGUCGACUUAUACAGAACGAUAUUCUCAACACUCGAGAACACAUUUUCUUCAGUCGAGCUCAACUUCUCUCAGCAGCUUUUCCUGUGGAUUGACUUGCAAGACUUUGUUCAGGUGGGCAGGGGCGAAUUGGAUGCAGAGAUCCUGGACAUCGUCUUUCAAGCCGCGGACUCGGGCGAAAAGGUAUUCGAUCCGAUCGAACUUGCCAAAGCCCUUUGCGCGCCCUUGGUUGCGCUCAGGACGAUACACAAACAGGGUCACAAUAGCACCGAGACAGCAGUCCGAGUCACACUCGUCCACCACACCGCAAUGCAGUUCGUCCGUCAGAGCGCCGAGAGAGAUCCGCUAUCACCAACGCCAACAAUUCUCAAGCCCCAAGUAUUAAAGGCUCUGUACCGGGCAAGAACCGCAGUGUGGUAUUUCAGCAACAGCGACAAGGCCACUUCCCUCCUACACUUCCUCACCGCGAACCGAGCCCGGUACUACUACUCGAAAGAGAGUUGCUACUUCGAAAUGGCAUACGCUCUCUGGGACGCAUUCUUCCUGCGCGACCUCCCAGCAGGCCUAGACGAGAGCGACCUCGAGAGCGCCUCUGUGCUCAUGAACGAACUAACGGACUUCCUGCUCUCAAGCCGCGAGCACUGUCUGAAGUGGAUUGAGAUUGCCACGAUCAUCAACUACGAGGGCGGGUUCAAAAAGCUCUACGGUAAUGUUUGUGCCACGCUCAUGGCUGCACAAGAGUCACUCGAUAAACGCGGUGGCCAGAGAAGCCUGCCGGCAUAUAAGGAUUUUGCAGUUGCCCGCAUGCAGUUCUUCAGCGACUACGCCUAUGUCAUCUCCACGACGGGCCCGGCUGAUCGGUUGCAGAGGACGGCACCAGACGGCUUCGAUAAUAGGCCUCUGGCGCUAGACUUGAUGCGGAUUGGGAGAAGAUGGGCGCAUUUGUGUUCUGUAAGGGUCUAG